AUGUUGACUCUACCGUAUGAAGAACCAGAUAUGACGUAUGAGCCCCGGUUUGGAGCCAACUACCCCCGUGGGAGCUUACCGGACCUGGAGCCAGACCCGAUACACAGCCUGAACGUCACGUCGAACCCGGAGAGAGAGUGCGAGGAGGAGCCAGACCCAAUACACAGCCUGGACGUCACGUCGGACCCAGAGGAGGGUGACAUCUCAGAAAGAGAGGACGAGGAAGAAGAGAGAGAGGACGACAACCAGCAGGAUGAAAACGGCCUCCCCAGAAAGAGAGGACCACGGAGAAAGAAGUCGACUAAAGGUAGACAGGAGAGGGUCAAGGUGCGCCGUCAUGAGGCAAACGCCCGCGAGCGCAGCAGGAUGCACGGUCUGAACGAUGCGUUAGAGAGCCUCCGAAAGGUGGUGCCCUGCUACUCCAAGACCCAGAAGCUCUCCAAGAUAGAGACUCUGCGCCUGGCUAAGAACUACAUCUGGGCCCUGUCGGAGACUCUGUCUGCGGGCAAAAAGCCAGACCUGCUGGGGUUCGUUCAAACUCUGUGUAAGGGCCUGUCCCAGCCCACGACCAACCUGGUGGCUGGCUGUCUGCAGCUGAAAGCCAGGUCCUUCCUCACGGACCACAACGGAGAGGUGACGUACCCCAGUAGUACGGCCCACUACGACAACAUGUACCCUUACCCCGGGGCAGAUCUGGGCACGGCCCCUGGACAAGGCUGCAGCACCCUGGACAGCGCCAAGCCAUCCUACCACAGCCGGCACUACAGCUACGGUGGCCAGUACGAGCCGUACUACGACCACACGUCUCCUGAGGGAGGAAGGGAGGGACACGUAGGUGGACAGAUCAGCCCUCCUCUGAACUUUAACGGGAUAUUCUCUCUGAAACACGACGAACCGGAGGAGUACGGGAAGAGCGGCCACUAUGGGAUGAGAUACAGUUCUGUGCCCGGUCACGGCUCCCUCGGCUCGCCAUCCAUGUACCGGGUCUCGCCAGAGGGCCGGUUACACUAUGAAUUACACCUUCGGUCCGCCGGGCAGAGCUACAAGGCUGGGACUCAGAGCCAGCAGGCAGAGCUACCAGGCUGGGACUCAGAGCCAGUAGGCAGAGCUGCCAGGCUGGGACUCAGAGCCAGUAGACAGAGCUGCCAGGCUGGGACUCAGAGCCAGUAG